UUUUCACAUUCAAAUUUUUUUUUAAUAAAAUUUCUGUGCAAAUAUGUUAACAAAAAAUAUUUUCUAAAAUUUCAACAAAACUCCGACACAAUCCAAACCAGAAUUAGCAUGUAAAGGCAAAAAUAUUCGUGAAAAUAGUGCACUGGUUCGCGGAGAGCUUGCUUGGCCGCUUGUAAUACAAGAUGCCCUCAACCGCUAAGCAUUGUCUUGCCAAGCGCAAGCAGGAUCAAAGGCGCGCUGAAGCGCACAGCACAUCUAGGCAGAAGGAGGUGCGCGAACUUUGGUUCAACCCGCAUGCGACGGAGAUUUGCGAGUCGCGCAUGAACAUAUGCCUGUGUGACUGCGAUUGUCACAUUUGGCAGGACGAAAAUGUGCAACGAGAGCUUCGAAAAUUAGCAAAUGCUUACUCACAUAAGAACCCACCGGGUAUGAAAGAUGAAGAGGAAACGGAACCGAAACCGAAAACAAAAAAGGGAAAGGUGAGUUCGGUUGAGGAAGAGGAGAAAGAACCAACCAAAAGGUUUUUGUGCUUUAAAAAAUCAUCAACAAAACGUUCACAUAGCAAGCAAAGAGAAGAAAAGGAGCAAAGAAAAAGGCAGAAGUCAAAAGAGGAAGACAAUACGAAAAAAGUGCAUGAAAAAAGUAUAAGUCACAGCAGUAAUCGACCGUUUCCCGUGAAUAGACGAUUUAAGACGCGUGAGGAAGCUAAACGCUAUCGUGAACUUAAAGCCAUUUAUACCACAAAACCAAGAAAUCCACAGCAUUCAGAUAAGCAAAAUGAUACUGAAACAAAAUCUAACCCCCAGAAUACGAUUGAAGCCAAAGGACGCAGUCCAAAAAAGCAUGCCGCAAGCUCAAGUGCUGAUUCAGUAACCACGGCCGCGCAAAGGCAGCACAGAUCACGUAAGAUUAAGACGGAACCAAGAACAAGACCGCAAGGAAGCAAUGACAGCGGCUAUCCACGCGAUCGAUCUUAUGCUCCCAUGUAUGCAGACGAAAGAGAGCAUAUGGAGUUAAAAAAGGAUGACCACAAAGACUCUGAGGUUGGCUGUUGCGGAAUGCGUAAAAAAUCGAAAGCUAAAAAGCAGCAACGGGAAUAUGAAGCCUACACGCCUGCGCAUUGCUCUGACAAACAAACUCCAAGGCCAAACCUGGAGGCGGAAUGUGCACCCACAGCAGGAGAAAUGGAGCUGCUAGAAAUGCUUAGAGCCACUUACACACGUGAAGUGAAACCUGAGCAUGAGCAAAAAUCGAAACCCGCAGCACCAACAGCUACAACAACAGAGGAGGAAACGGGCUGUUGUGGCUCGAACUCUAAAAAGAAACAGCAGCAGGCAGAGGCUGAUUUAUGUGAACAAUGUUACUAUUGUGAGUGCAGUUGUGGGGAUAAUUAUCCUAAAGAAAUCGAGCAGCACCAGGCAACGGAAUGGAUUACCCAAACCAAUGACUCCAAGAGUAAGCAAUACGAUAAGGCAGCCGAACCAUUUUGUUCAUGCGAUUCGUCUGAUUCUAAGAAUGGAAAUAAAGAACAUAUUUUUAAAUAUCCUACACGGGAGAUGAUUUCUCUGCAAGUGGAUGAAGAGCAAGCGCCCAGAAAAACAAAAUCUGUGGGGAUAAGUGCUAAACAUAAAAACGAAAUAGAUACGAGCAAAUCGGUUAAUUCUAUGUACACCACUAAGCGAAAACCGAAAAACAUUAAGGGCACGAAAAAUCAGAACCCGCCAAAAGAUGAGGAUUCCGAGAAAACGUCUUGCUGCUCUUUCUUAUGUCGCAAGAAGCAAAAGAUUGAAGGCGAUAAACCACAAACAAAAACCAAACUAGUUAAGAAACGAAAAAAACCUCACACAGCCGUAAGUUUUUCGCCGGAGAAACCGCAGAAGCGCAGGCAGCAAGUCACAAAACCUAUAGAAAAAGAAAAAGGUAGGAAUGUGAAUGUAAAUCGGCGUAAACAACCAGCUUUUCAUCCUAAACCUGAGCCGAAAACCAAGUCAUCCCCAAAAACACCGCUAUCUUCUUCGAAAAAUAAACCACAACAAGCAGAUGGCAGAAAGGCAAGACGUCGUAAUCAGCCUGCUUUUCAUCCUAAACCUGAAUCGAAAACACAGCCAAAAGUAAAAACUUCAUCUUCUUCCGUGAACCGGAGGCCACCGCCUGGUGAUAAGAGAAAAGCUACAGCCAGAGGUAAAAUUCGUCCUCUAACAAAACCGAAUAAAGCAAAACCGUCAUCCAAACAACCAGAACGAAGCUCGUUAAAAAAGGAUACUGGCUCUGAAACGUCUUGCUGUCCUUGCUUAAGAGCCAAAAAUAAUUUCGAACAAAGCAACAUUAAGGAAAAAGGCCAUAAAAAAGACAAGCCCGAAGCAUAUGCUGGCAGUAAAAGAAAACCAGCUAAAGUCAAAAGUGGCGAAAAGGUUCAAGAAAAGCCCAAGAAACGACAACGGAAACCUUCACCUACACAAAGUCACGAAAAGGUUCAAAGGAUGAAGCCAAAACAGUCAGGUUAUUCAAAACAACAAGCUUCGAAAGUCGAAAGUCGGGAAAAACUGGAAAAGAAACAAUCAGGCACGUCAUGCUGGUCUUGUUUUAGAAAGAAUAAAACAAAAAAAUCAGAUACAUCUAAAAAGGAGCCUUCGAAAAAUAAAAGUACGGAGAAACUGUACAGAGAUAGACCGAAAGAUGAUUCCAAGCAGAAGCUAUCAAAGCAUCAAAGUCAAGAAAAGUUUAAAAAAGAAAAAUCAAAGAAACAUCCUGAUUCUAAGCAGAAAGCUUCCAAGUCCAACAGUAAGGAAACUCUUGAUAAGAAAACAUCCGAAUCAUCUUGUUGGUCCUGUCGUUCAGGCGAUAACAAAGAAAAAGCAAACCACAUAGAUGAAUCUAAAAGGCGUCCUGCAAAAUCCAAAAGUGAGCAAAAACUUCAAAAGGAUCAUCCAAACAAAUCUUCCGUUUCUAAACAGAAACAUGCAAAAGCUAGCAAAAGUCAGGAGAAAAUUGAAAGAAAAUCAUCUCAGGCAUCAUGUUGGUCUUGUCGUUCUAGUGACAAAAAGGAGAAAACAAAGGAAUCGGAUCUACCUAAAAAAAGAACUACAAGGAGCAAAAGUCAGGAUAACAAACAAUUUGCCAGAGAUCCUGCAAGAGUACAUAAAAAUUCACCAAAGAAAACUGGAGAUUCCAAACAAAAGCCCUUCAAAGCAAAAAGUCAGGAAAAAGUUCAAAAGCAGUCAUCCGAGACAUCUUGUUGGUCUUGUCGUUCAAAUAAAGAAAAAGAUAAGAAGCAACCCUCAAGAACCAAGAUCCAAGACAAAACUCUAAAAGAUAGGCCUAUGACAAAGAGUAAAAGUCAAAACAAAAUUCAAAAAGAAAAGACAAAGAGACCCCGGGAUUCUAAGCAAAAACCGUCAAAAGGAAGAAGCCAAGAAAAAGUUCAAAAGCAGUCUUCGGAUACGUCUUGUUGGUCUUGUCGUUCCAGUGGUGGAAAAGACAAAGAAAAGAAACCGAACGAAUCUAGAAAGAAACCAUCAAAAAGUAAAAGUCAGGAGAAAAUUCAAAGGGAUAAGCCAAAGAAGCCGACUGAUUCUAAGCAAACACCGUCAAAAGGAAGAAGCCAAGAAAAAGUCGAAAAGCAGUCUUCGAAUACGUCUUGUUGGUCUUGUCGUUCCAGUGGUGGGAAAAACAAAGAAAAGAAACCGAACGAAUCUAGAAAGAAACCUUCAAAAAGUAAAAGUCAGGAGAAAAUUCAAAGGGAUAAGCCAAAGAAGCCGACUGAUUCUAUGCAAACACCGUCAAAAGGAAGAAGCCAAGAAAAAGUUCAAAAGCAGUCUUCGAAUACGUCUUGUUGGUCUUGUCGUUCCAGUGGUGGGAAAGACAAGGAAAAGAAACCGAACGAAUCUAGAAAGAAACCAUCAACAAGUAAAAGUAGAUCAAAAGAGUUGACAGAUUCCAAAGCUACUAGCCAGGAUAAGGUUCCAAACUAUAGACUAAGGAAGCUGAUCAAACCCAACGAAAGGCCCACAAAGGUGAAAAGUCAAGAAAAAGUGAAAGGACAAAAAUCAGAAACAUCAUGCUGCUCCUCUCGUUCAAAAAGUGAAAAGAAUAAGUCCACAAAAUUAGACGCAUCACAGAAGUCUUCAAGUAGCAAAACACAGCUUUCAAAAGCAAAAAGUCAAGAGCAAGCUCAAAAGAAACAAUCUUCGUGUUGCUCAAAAGGAACAAGUGAUAGGGAUUCGAAAACGAAACCAUCGAAAGCCAAACAAAAAGAAGUUGUGCAAGAGAAACCAAUCAAAAAAUACACUCUGUUUUCACGACGAAGUAAAAAAGAGAAAUCAAAGGAAAAGGCUGCACCCGACCAUCCUGUAGGGGAAGAUCUAGCAAAACCGAAAAAAGGGAACAAAAAAGCAGAAAAAACUAAACCAUCAGAGUCAUCGUUCUGUUCCUGCUGCUCCAGCAGUCAUAAACUAUCAAAGGACAAAGACAGUAAAUCGAAAGAAGAUAAUUGUGCUGUUAAAACUAAGCCAGAAGACAUUUCCUACUGCAAGGCGCUCUAUCAAGAAUUAGAAAACAUAAUCAUGCAACAAAACCAAUGCCCAAUAAUGAUUUCACAAACUAGAAUAAACAAGGCCGCAGAUACGAAGUCAUCCAAAUCAAGUCUAAAAUCGAAGCAAGAGAAACAAGAGCAUCAAAAACAAAAGGGAGAAAAAACCAACCAAAAUACCAAAGAAAAGAGAGCAAGUAAACAAAAAAAUAAAAAAACCAUACCAAAUCAAAAUUCAAAGCAGAGAAGCAGGUCUCAAAUACGAAGCGAGAAGUCCACCAGCGACUUGGACAUGGAGAAAGCUUAUAUGCCAGAAUAUGUGCUGGGUAAGCCACAGCGAACAGGCGCAGUCAUCGCUCGAGCGCGUAAGGUGAGGUACAGUCUCUUACCGAGCCUUAAGGCACAGAAAAAAUACCACAAACAUCUUUACAAAGGAUGUAGGCACGAGGUUGCCUUUCAAACUUAACGGGCACUACUACAUUUGACAUGUGACUAUAAAGGUCCGGCCUACAAGCGAACACGUGUGAGAUGUAGUUGCAACGUUAAUUUGGCCUAGUGCCACAUUUGGAGAAGGAUAAGACUCAUGUGCACUUUUCUGAAUA